CUGAAACACACAGUGGUACUCUCACAGUCCCACCAGUAAAAAUGGCAGCCGCAACAGCUUCAUUUGCUUUUUCCUCUGCCACCAAUCGCCACCGCACCUCCUCCUCUCUCCUCCAUCCCAAUCCCAACCCCAAACACCUUUCUCUUACCUCCUCCUCUUCUUACUCUUUCCACCCAAUCACAUUUCUCCGUUCCCAACUCUCUCACCAUCAUUCCAUCAAAUCCUCCACCACUCCCAAAAUCACCGCCACUAUCUCCGUCGGUGACAAGCUCCCCGAAGCCACCUUAUCUUACUUCGACUCAGACGGCGAACUCCAAACCACCACCAUCUCCGAACUCACCAAAUCCAAGAAAACCAUCCUAUUCGCCGUCCCAGGCGCCUUCACUCCAACUUGUUCCCAGAAACACCUUCCCGGAUUCGUCGAGAAAUCCGGCGACCUCAAAGCCAAAGGCGUGAGUACAAUCGCAUGUAUCUCCGUCAACGACGCAUUUGUAAUGAAGGCAUGGAAGGCCGACCGGAAAAUCGGCGACGAAGUGCUGCUGUUGAGCGACGGGAACGGCGAUUUCACCAAGGCAAUUGGGUGUGAAUUGGAUCUGAGCGAUAAUGCCAUCGGAUUAGGGGUUAGGUCAAGAAGGUACGCGAUGCUUCUAGAAGAUGGGGUUGUGAAGGUAUUGAAUCUUGAAGAAGGCGGUGCUUUCACUUCCAGUGGUGCUCAGGAUAUGCUUGAUGCUCUUUAAACUUUUUUGUCAUCUUUUUCCAUAGCCAGGAAUAAUUUCCAAAAUUUUAGAGCAAUCAUGCAUCAGUCACUUGUACUAUUUUCAAUGAAAUUUGUACAUUUGUUCUGGAUUUAGCAUUCUAUGCGAAGAUGGAAUUGGUUCA